UCUUCCCAUUCAAAUGUUUCACUCUCAUCUCUGAACUUUCUCCAUCUUCCUCAUCCAUUUUUGUCUACAUGAAGAUGCCCGGAUCUAGUUUCAAGAUUUGUGUUGGUUGCCAGGCCAGGAUGGCUGUGGCACAAAAGAAGUGUCCUUCGUGUGCCGUACAACAGCCGCACAAGCAACAAAAAAAAAAUAAAAUAAAAAAAAUUAUUGAAAAGCCCCCAUCGGCCCAGAAUGCAGGGAAGGUGCUGGAUGGUGUCAUUGUCGGUUUGCACAAACUAAAAGCCGUUGGAUUUUACCCCCUGCUGCUCGUGGGCAAGAAAAGCAAGACAGGGUUCAAGGCGCAGCUCUUACACCUUGAUGAGCAGCUGAAUGCGGACAAGAUGGAGGCCUUCAACGCAAUGAAGGAGGUCUUUGAAAAACUCCUGAAUUACCCCGUGUCUCUGGCCCAGAUGAAGAGGCUAUCAGUGGUGCUGGUGAACUGCUGCAGACCACAAGGACGACGAGGGAAGGAGUGGGAGAUGCAGACGCAGACCGACGGAGAUGCAGAACAACCCGAGACUAACCCCGUGUCUCUGGCCCAGAUGAAGAGGGUAUCAGUGGUGCUGGUGGACUGCUGCAGGCCACAAGGACGACGAGGGAAGGAGGAGGAGAUGCAGACGCAGACCAACGGAGAUGCACAACAUCAGACUGAGACGAGUAAGAGGCCAGAAACCAUGAAUGAUGUGAAGAAAGACGAGUUUGUCCCGAGUGUGAUGGUGAAAGAGAAGAAAUAUGGUCAUAAGAUGCCAUGUCAAGAUGAAGAAGAAAAGCAGUUUGCAGAGCUUCACUGUAGAACUGAAACAGACGUCACAGAGUCCAACGUCACCUGCAAUGAAACGCAGACAAAACUGGAGAAGAAAGUGGAGGAUGUAACAGAUUAUCAACUGGAAAGUGUUUCUGAACAUCAACAUGUAACGCAACAGAAGCUCCAUGGAGACAACGAUGACCUCAACCUGGAGACAGAAGACAGGCCUCAUAGAUGCACUCAGUGUGGAAAAGCUUUUUCACGCAGAGACCAUCUUUCACGCCACAUGCUUGUACACACAGGAGAGAAGAGUCAUAGAUGCACUCAGUGUGGAAAAGCUUUUUCAUGCAGAUACAAUCUUUCAUGCCACAUGCUUGUACACACAGGAGAGAAGAGUCAUAAAUGUAUCCAGUGUGGGAAAGGUUUUUCACGCAGACACCAUCUUUCACGCCACAUGCUUGUACACACAAGAGAGAAGAGUCAUAAAUGUAUGCAGUGUGGGAAAAGUUUUUCACGCAAGCCCAAUCUUUCACGCCACAUGCUUGCACACAAAGGAGUGAACCCAGUUGGCCCGAGACAGCUAGUGAAAGAAGGAGAUACAAAUGACGAGGAAUAUGGUCGUAUGAUUGGUGAAGAUAAAGAUGAAGAAAAGCCUUUUGCAGAGCUCCACUGUAGAAGUGAAACAGAUGUCUCGGACGCUAUCGAUGACACGCUACAGACAGUGAAGAUUGAAGUGAAGAAAGACGAGGAUGAGCACGAUAAUCUGCUGGAAAGUGUUUCUGAACAUCAACAUGUAACGCAACAGAAGCUCCAUGGAGACAACGAUGACCUCAGCCUGCAACUCAAUGGAAGACCGCACCACUGCACUGUCUGCAGGAAGAGUUUCACCACCCUGACAGAACUUGAGAAACACCAGCAAACACAUUCGGUUUGGGUGAAUGGAAAGAAGUUUUGCGAAAAGCCGCGUAAAUAUUCUCAUUGUGAACAAACAUCUACAACACCCUCACUAGUCAACCACAACAUGCUUACAGGAGACAGGCCUCAUAAAUGUACUCAGUGUGGAAAAGGUUUUUCAUACAGGUCCAAUCUUUCACAGCACAUGCUUGUACACACAGGAGAGAAGAGUCAUAAAUGUACUGUGUGUGAGAAAGCUUUUUCAUCCAUAUCCACUCUUUCACGGCACAUGCUUGUACACACAGGAGAGAAGAGUCAUAAAUGUACCCGAUGUGGAAAAGGUUUUUCAUACAGGUCCAGUCUUUCACGCCACAUGCUUGUAUUCAAAGGACUAUGCACACAUACAGGAGACAGGCCUCAUAAAUGUGCCCACUGUGGAAAAGGUUUUUCACAGAUUCAACAACUAAAAAAACAUAUGCUAGUACACACUGGAGAGAAGCCUUAUAAAUGUGCUUAUUGUGGAAAAGCAUUUCGAUACCCUUCAAGCCUUAAAGUCCAUGAGAGACUGCAUACAGGAGACUGUCCUCAUAAAUGUACUAAGUGUGGAAAAGGCUUUUCAUGCCGAUCCAGUCUUUCACAGCACAUGCGUAUAUACAAAGGAAUGAAUUGUGGUACAAGAAGAGGAACUCCUUCUAUAUGUCCCCAAUGUGGAAGAGGUUUUUCAAAGGGUUCAGCUCUUAAAAUCCACAUGCUAAUACAUAUUGGGGAGAAGCCUCAUAUAUGUGUCCAGUGUGGAAAAAAAUUGACAACAGCCAGUAAUCUUAAAAAACACAUGCUUACCCAUACUGGAGAGAAGCCUCAUAAAUGUGUCCAGUGUGAAAAGGCUUUUUCGAUGAUAUCUAGUCUCAAACGCCACAUGCUCAUACACACUGGAGAGAAGCCUCAUAAAUGUGACCUUUGCGGAAAGACAUUCAGAGCAUCCUCAAGCCUUAUAUACCACCUGAUGACACAUGCUGACAAGAGUCUUCAUGAAUGUGCUCAGUGUGGAAGAGCAUUUAGGACCCAAAAAAUGCUAAGAAAUCAUAUGCUAAUACACAAUAGGAAGUGGAAGUGUUAUAAGUGUGGAAAAGCAUUUCCAUACCCUUCAGUACUUAAAAUCCACAUGAUAUCGCAUACGGGAGAUAUCAUUUAAUUUGUAUACUUCAAAUUAAUACAUUUAAUUGUAUACUUCACUGUUUAAUAAAUGUACAAUUAUUUCA